GUGUGGGCGGUGUGCAGCACAGACCAAGGCUAUAAAAUCACCCGUCGCAUUCAAAGGGUGCCUGACAUUGCUGUGUUGGCGGAGACACGUAACUCGUCUUUGUCGACGGAGCUGGAGCAAAAACUUUUUGCGCCUUUACUGUAUAUUGAGAAUAAUUUUUUUCAACCGUUUUUACGCGUCUUCAAUCAUCUGAAUCUUGACAGGGGGAAAUGGUAUGUGCGCAAUUUACAUAACUUUUUGCAUUGAAAUCCUAAAUGCGGGAAGUACAUUUUUCCCAUUUCGGUGUUAUUGUUAAUAUUUGCCAGCCUCAUUGGCAAAUGUAAUGUUUACGCAUUCUGAAAAUGUAGACCAACAUUUACUCAACGGUUUGAGAUGUUUCCUUUGAAAAAAUGAAAAACAUUCAGCUUUUUAUUGCCUUAUGCCCAUAACCUCAGUCAUGCGUAGGGCCCUACUCUAUCCAUUCCGUUUGAAUGUAUCCGUUAGUAGUAAAGUUGAUCGUUUAUUACUACGUUCUUAUAACAAUGUAAUACAGUAUGUGCGGGAAUGCAUACUGUGGCUGCAAGAGAGGAAUCCUAGGAAUCUGUUGAGCCUUGGUGAGGAAGCAGAUAGGUAGGUGGUAUGGGGCAGUUGGUUGGGUCACAUGCUUGACAAACUUUCAUGAAGUUUUUAACCUUCAAAUGGCAAAUUAUUUUCUUAAAACAUUAGCCUACUUUACCUAUAUUUAGGCAAGAGUCUAGGAAAGUAAUGUGAUACACUAUCUUCCUAUACCAAUUGUGUACAUAAAGGAAAAUGUAGGCUAGUGUACAGCCUAUGGGCCUAUGCAUGAUUACCACUGAGAGGCCAUUUGCUUUCUCAACAAUCAGGCAUUCAAAAGUAUAGCAAGCAUGCCAAGCCCCUUUCGUGUCAUCCUCAUACAAUAAUUUACUUUUGUAUUCACGAUUUAGGAGUUCUAUUUUUCUUUGUGACACUGUGUUAUUACACAGCAUUUUAGUGUUACAUUUUACAGAUGCCACUUACUUUUUAAAAAUAAUAUAAUAUGCCAUUUAGCAGACGGUUUUAUCCAAAGCGACUUACAGUCAUGUGUGCAUACAUUUUUACGUAUGGGUGGUCCCGGGGAUCGAACCCACUACCCUGGCGUUACAAGCGCCAUGCUCUACCAAUUGAGCUACAGAGGACCAUGUCAGUUGAUUACCACCUUGUGAGAACCUAGAAUUUCCUCCCCCUGGGAUCCAGAGCCAAGACUACAAAUCUGGACAUGCUGAAACAUGUGUAUGGCAGAUAUUCUUUAAAUACUUUGGUACAGUUUCCCAGAGACAGAUUAAGCCUAGUACUGGACUAAAAAAGCACCCUGAUUUUAGCCCAGGACUAGGAUCAAUCUGUGUCUGGGAAACUUGACCAUCAAAGGAAUAAAUCCGUUCUUUGACCUGAUUUGAGUUCAGGAUCAAUGUUUAGAGUGACACAGUUACUUUACAUUUGGAGCUACUGUAUUGCUCUCUACUUUUGGCAUCACCUUUAAUGACUUGAACCAUGUGGUAAUGGACACAUCUAGAUUUUUCCCUGGAUUUAUCUAUUUCUGGUUUGCCCUUUUCUAUCAACAUUUAAUUCAGUCCUCUUCAGUUAUGACUGUGCUUACUGAGGUGUAACAACCAGCCAAAGGAGAAAAAAUAACAUACAGGAAUGUUGUUAUGAAUAAAUCCUACAUGUCAGCAUACUUGAAUUCCUUGUACCUUUGUGUGUUGAUAUAGUCAGAUUUACAGUAUCUGUGUAAAAGGGGCUUUGCUGUUUGUGUAUUUUCCACUUCAGACAGACUGUUUGAGGAACAGGAAGUAGUCAUACUGUUGUUUUUGGCCAACAGAGAGAGUGUAUCUCCAUCCACGUGGGCCAGGCAGGCGUUCAGACGGGCAAUGCAUGCUGGGAACUCUUCUGCUUGGAACACGGUGUGGGGCCUGACGGGGUGUUCAAUGAAGAGGACCAGGGGCCUAAUUCCCGGACGGACCCCUUCAACACCUUUUUCCACACCGGAAGUUCUGGCCGCCAUGUUCCCAGGGCCAUAUUUGUGGACCUGGAGCCAACGGUGGUCGGUAAGCAAAGUCAUUUGUAAUGUUUUGUUUUAUUCUCCGCCAUCCAUGUUUCGUGUGUGUGAUUACACAUGUGUAGUAUAAAUGCAUAUCCAUCCUCAUGGGCCAGACAGGCGUGCUAAUUGGGAAUGAAUGCAUGUGGGCAGGGACCUGUGCUGGAUGGAGCAUGGUAUCCAAACGACAAGACCAUUGGUGGUGGCGGUGAUGACCCCUUUUACACUUUCUUCAGUGGGCAUGGCUCAGGAAAGCUUGUAGAAAGGGUUGUGUUUGUAGACCUAGCCAGCUGUAAUUGGUGUAUAAUAUUGAUACAAAGAUGAAGAGAAAGUUCAAGUUAAAGCUGCAAUAUGUAACUUUUUGGGUGACCCAACAAAAUUCAUAUAGAAAUGUGGGUUAUAGAUCUGUCAUUCUCAUUGAACGCAAGUCUAAGAAGCGGUAGAUCUGUUAUAUGUGCGGUAUUUCUAUGCUUCCCGUUUUUUAAGUUUAGUUUUUGCGUAUUUUACUUUCGGUUUUGUACACCAGUUUCAAACAGCUGAAAAUACAAUAUUUUUGGUUAUGGAAAAUAUAAUUCACAGCGGUUUAGAUGGUACAAUGAUUCUCUACACUAUACUUGCUUGUUUUGUCACAUAAUCUGAAAUUAGGCAAACAAUUAGAAUUUUAGCAACCAGGAAAUGGCGGAACGAUUUCUGCAUAGUGCAUCUUUAAAUGUUGUAUAAAUUAAGUGUUUGUUAAUGAUACACACCCCAAACUUUCACAACAAUAACAACUGGGCCAUCAACAAAUAAAAUGAACGAAUAAAGAAAGCCCAUACACAGCAUAUGCUGCUCCAAAGUACAGACAAGUUGGCUGCAGUAGCCCUUGCCAAGUAAUAAAUAAUGAAAUUCAUGUUACAUAACAUGGUGGGGCUGCUGAUAAGCUACAGUAUAAGGUAAGUAGUGUGCAUUAAUCAAAACACGAACUCUACUCUAGCACGUCUACAAGUGUUACUACUGCACAUUAAUAAAUACUAGAAAUCAUGAUUGUUAAUAUUGUCAGUGGUGGAAAAAGUACACAAUUGUCAUACUUUUCUUGUUUCUUUUAAAUAACGGACUGCCAGAGGCACACUCCAACACGCAGACAUAAUUUACAAACGUGUUAAAUUGAUUUAGUGAGUCCGCCAGAUCAGAGGCAGUAGGGAUGAGAAUGCGUUAUAUUGAUAGGUGCGUGAAUUGGACCAUAUUGUUGUCCUGCCUGAGCAUUCGAAAUGUAAUUAGUAUUUUUAGGUGUCAAGGAAAAUGUAUCAGGAGUAAAAAGUACAUAUUUCUUUAAGGAUGUAGUGGAGUAAAAGUUGUCAAAAAUAUAAAUAACAAGGUAAAGUACAGAUACCCCAAAAAACUACUUCAAAGUAUUUUUACAUAGUUACUUUACGCCACUGAAAAUGGUGCAUCUACAUUACACUACGGGAAGAUGCAAGUACAGCUUUAUAGGCUACAAAAAAAUCUGAGCACAGGACUGGGAAAUCAACAAUUGUGGUAAUUCAGGUGACAUUUCCAGUUGAUGUUGAUGUCCUAUAUUUGUUGAAGAGUGAUUGUUUUCCCCCCAGAUGAGGUCAGGACUGGGCUGUACAGGCAGCUCUACCAUCCUGAGCAGCUCAUCUCUGGAAAGGAGGAUGCAGCCAAUAACUACGCCCGUGGACACUACACCGUGGGGAAGGAGAUCAUUGACGGGGUCCUGGAGCGUAUCCGUAAAAUGGUAAGUAUCACAUUAAGAUCUUGGUCAUACAGUCAAAAUAAGGAUUUGAGUCAUAAUAUAUUAAUAAUAUAGGCUAAUAUAGAAUAUAUUGGCUGAGGCCAAUAUAUUGUGCAUCCCAAGUGUUGAUCAAUAGUUUUUCUCCUUAGACUGACCAGUGCACAGGGCUGCAAGGAUUCCUCAUCUUCCACAGCUUCGGAGGCGGCACCGGCUCUGGUUUCACCUCUCUGCUGAUGGAGCGCCUGUCUGUUGACUACGGCAAGAAGUCCAAGCUGGAAUUUGCCAUCUACCCAGCUCCCCAAGUGUCCACAGCUGUGGUAGAGCCAUAUAAUUCCAUUCUGACCACCCACACCACCCUGGAUCACUCCGACUGUGCCUUCAUGGUGGACAAUGAGGCCAUCUAUGACAUCUGUCGCCGCAACCUGGACGUUGAGCGUCCAUCCUACACCAAUCUCAACAGAUUGAUCGGUCAGAUUGUUUCCUCCAUCACUGCCUCCCUACGCUUUGAUGGGGCAUUGAAUGUUGACCUCACAGAGUUCCAGACCAAUUUAGUCCCAUUCCCCCGCAUUCAUUUCCCCCUGGUCACCUACGCGCCCAUCAUCUCCGCUGAGAAGGCUUACCAUGAGCAGCUGACCGUCUCUGAGAUCACCACUGCCUGUUUCGAGCCAUCCAAUCAGAUGGUCAAGUGUGACCCUCGCCAUGGCAUGUAUAUGGCCUGCUGUAUGCUGUACCGUGGAGAUGUGGUGCCCAAAGAUGUGAAUGCUGCCAUUCAAAAUAUCAAGACCAAACGUUCCAUCCAGUUUGUGGAAUGGUGCCCUACCGGUUUCAAGGUAAGGAACAUGAUUGCCUCCCGCAUAUGGUUUAAUUAAGCAAUAAGACCAGAGGGGGUGUGGUAUAUGGCCAAUAUACCACGGCUAAGGGUUGUUCUUAGACACAACGCAUCUCAGAGUGCCUGGACACAGCCCUUAGCCGUGGUUUAUUGGCCAUAUACCACAAACCCCAGAGGUGCCUUAUUGCUAUUAUAAACUGGUUACCGACGUAAUUAGAGCAGUAAAAAUAAAUAUUUUGUCAUACCCGUGGUAUAUGGUCUGAUAUACCACGGCUGUCAGCUAAUCAGCAUUCAGGGCUCAAACCACCCAGUUUAUAAAUUGCGAUAGAUAAAUACCAUAUUUCAUUCUCGGUCAAAGGGGUCAUUAAUUAAUUUUUCUUCUUCUAUCUAAUCAGGUUGGGAUCAACUAUCAGCCCCCAACUGCCGUACCUGGAGGUGAUCUAGCUAAAGUCCAGAGGGCUGUGUGCAUGCUGAGCAACACCACUGCCAUUGCUGAAGCCUGGGCCCGUUUGGACCACAAGUUUGACCUCAUGUAUGCCAAACGUGCCUUUGUGCACUGGUAUGUAGGUGAGGGCAUGGAGGAGGGAGAGUUCUCUGAGGCCAGAGAAGACCUGGCUUGUCUGGAGAAGGAUUAUGAAGAGCUGGGCAGAACAAGCACAGAAUCUGAUGAUGAUGAAGCGGGUGAGGAAUAUUAA